AUGGAUAAGUCUAUUGCCGAAGUUCACACUAGCUGUGUCUCCAUUUUCCUUACCUUCAUCAGCGUACUAGCCACUUCUCGUCGCUGGAACGACCAGAAUGAAGCACAGAAUGCCUUCGAUAAGUACAGACUUUGGGCUGGAAAUGUUGAAGCCACUCAAGUCGAGAACAUAGCGGCUCGUAAUCGGAUUACGGAUAAAUUCGAGCCUUCAGAUACAGACGAAGAUGAGACCGACUCGUCUGAUUCCCCAUGGGAAGUUUCUUCCGACUCUGAAGUAGAAUAUCCAGGUAAAGGGAAGCUCCCGCGACAAACCCCAGACCGGCCAGUCCCCGAACCAGCGAAGCCGACAGUAGUAGACCCCAUCAACUUCAUCAUCGACUGUCUUUGGAAGCUACCUAUUCGCAGUCCUGCUCCUAUCGAUCGCAUGAAGAAGAAGUACACCGCUGAUAUAACUGCAUACUUACCGUUUGACAUCAUGUAUAUUAGGGAUAAGUUCCCCAACCUCAACGAGACGGUUACUACCCGCUUAGCAAAGAUGAUAUCGAGACGAAGGCAACUGAUACAGUACCGCAAAGACCACACUGAUGCUUUACAAGGGAAAGAGGUCACAGUGCGCAUGGUCGUCUACCCAGACCUACUGAAGGAGAUAUAG